AGGCGCCGUCGCCAUGUUGACGCACGACCGUGAGAUGGGACGCUGCUUUCAGAAAUAAUAAUAAUGGCGUUAAUAACAAGGAAAGGACGAGGCUGUGCGACCUGCAGCGCUGUUUAAGGAAGGGGAUUCUUGUGUCGGAUUUGUUCUUGUGUCUUUUGGGAGUGAUUCGAUCUCGCCGCUCCCUUGAAUGCAUUGUCGGUUGGAGUGUCGUUAGCCAUGAGCCGACCAUCGUCAGCCGGCGGCGGGAAAGCGGGCAAACACACGGCGGCGGCGGCUGUGGCGGCGGCAGCGGCUGGAGCAGGAUCAGGAUCGGGAGGAGGAGGUGGCGGUAGUAGUGCUGGAGGAGGAGGAGGAGGAGGAGGUGGUGGUGGAGGAGGGAGCGGCAAUCCAGCCAUAGCAGCAGCGGCGGUGGCGGCUGCAGCAGCGGCGGCGGCAGCGGCGGCGGCAGUGGGAGGAUCCAGCCCGCCUCAGCCCGAACUCACUUCCCUCUUCGAGUGCCCGGUGUGUUUUGAUUAUGUGUUGCCGCCCAUCCUGCAGUGCCAGGCCGGACACCUGGUAUGUAACCAGUGCCGGCAGAAACUUUCCUGCUGCCCGACUUGCAGGGGCCCUCUCACCCCCAGCAUCAGAAACUUGGCCAUGGAGAAAGUGGCUUCCACUAUCCCUUUCCCAUGUAAGUAUGCUUCAGCUGGCUGUCUCUUGUCGCUGCACCACACAGAAAAGCCAGAACAUGAAGAGGUGUGUGAGUUUCGGCCAUACAUGUGCCCUUGUCCAGGAGCAUCCUGCAAGUGGCAAGGAGCGUUGGAAGCAGUCAUGCCUCACCUCAUGCAUACACACAAAAGCAUUACAACUCUGCAAGGGGAGGACAUAGUAUUUCUGGCAACUGAUAUCAACCUUCCUGGUGCGGUGGAUUGGGUUAUGAUGCAGUCCUGCUUUGGUCACCACUUCAUGCUGGUGCUUGAGAAACAAGAGAAGUAUGAAGGCCAUCAACAGUUCUUUGCCAUUGUUCUUCUAAUAGGCACGCGUAAGCAAGCUGAAAACUUCGCCUACAGAUUGGAACUGAAUGGAAACCGCAGACGCCUCACAUGGGAGGCCACACCAAGGUCUAUCCAUGAUGGAGUUGCAGCAGCAAUCAUGAAUAGUGAUUGCUUAGUCUUUGAUACCUCCAUAGCUCAUCUUUUUGCAGAUCAUGGGAACUUGGGCAUUAAUGUUACGAUCUCAAUGUGCUGAAUUGCAUUGUUGUAAUACAGCAGUGUACACGUAACAAUUGAAUGUUUUCAAUUCAGUGGAUGCAGUAGGCAAAAGAAUGCAGUUCUAUAUACUUUUCAGCACCUUGCCUGUGUAAUUGGUGCUAGCCCAUUUGACUGCUCCAUGCGUGCAUGUGUUGGAAUGUAAUGAAGGCAUGCUCAGCACGUGAUUCCAAGCCUGACUAAAAGAAGAUGGAAAUAAAAACACCAAAACAAAUCCAAGUUGUUGCAACUGUUUUAUAAAGGAAAAGUGAUUCAAUCUUUUUUGUAAAGAAUAAUCUUUUCCUUCUUUGUGAAAUGUAAGUUCAAAUUAUUUGAGGCAAAUUAUUCAAGAUGUAUUUGUAUACGGGUCCAGUGUAUAGAACUACAUUAUGCGCCACAUCAGUACUUAAAAAUGCAAAGCCAGUAGAUGCUUGUGCCUAUCUUAAAUAUGCUUCAGGAGAACAGUAUCUGAAUAGUUAUUUAUGAAAAUCAAUAAUGGUGAAGGACCAUGGCAUGAAGUUAUUCUUUGUUUGUUGCCAUGACAGAUGGGUUUUGUUGCAAUUUUUUUUUAGGUAAAAUGUUGGGAACAAAGUUGCAGAGUAGAAAUGUGGGUUCCCUUAUACUUAAAGCAGUCAUGGAUAAAUCUAGUAUCAGCAUUGUUCACUGUUAUAAUCCCUAAUAUAUCUGUAUGCAGCUAUUUGUAUUGGAUUAAGUUCUUUUCAAAUUCUUUGUUACUAAAUUGUCUAAUCAAAUGUGUAAAUGUUGACUGUAGGCUCAUAUUUUGAGUCAUCUGUUUAUUAUUUGUAUCCUGAACAAGAGAAGUUGCUUUACUCCAGAAAGUGUACAAUGAGUACAUUGGCUAGCUUUGUAUUGAACUGCACAGCUAGGUUCACUGAUUCAAUAAUAACAUUAAUUUCUUUAAAACAUGAAAUGCUAGAAUAAUUGUGUAGAACCAGUCAGUAUUUAUUAAUGAAUUACAACUGUUAGCUAUAAUGAGCUUGCUGACUUCUAAAUGAUAUUGAACAAAACGUUGUUUAAAAGAAAUUUUCAAGUUAGAUUAGAAUUUAACCAAUGUGCUAGCAGAAUACUAAAGAACUAAGGACAUCAUAAGAUUUGCAAACGUAUAAUUUAUCAAAGUGUUUGGUCAUUUUCAAUUAUUUUUGUGAAAGUAAGCAGGGCAUGGAGUGCCAGUAAAGGAAAUUGUCUUUCCAGUCCUGUCCCUCCACCCUACCUAUCUUUGAUUUAAAAACAGCGUUUCAUAAUUUGCUGCAUCCAGUGGGAUGAUUAUUUACUUCUAAAAAUUUCAAUCUGGAACACACAUGACUUCAGUUUGAUUUAUCUGCUAUCGUCUUCCUCUUUGCUCUCUUCCUGUCUCCCAUGUAGUUGUGCUUUUUAUUAUCUCAUACAGAUUAUUAAAAAGCUUGUGGAUCCAACUCCGUUACAUGCCCUGAGUCACUAUGGGUGCAGUUUUUAUAGAUAGUGGAUCCAGUUACAUCAAUUUUCACAAAUACCUGUUGCUAUUCAUAGUCCAUCACCUAAAUUUCAGAAAACCCUUGAUUCAGAUUUAAAAGCAAUUACUGAUUCCUAUUACUGUUCGUUUUAAAGUGUUGGCUACCUGCUCACCAGAGCAGCGUGUUUACAUUUUUCUUUUAAAAGUAAGACUUUCUUUGCUAUAUUAUGAGUAGUGUAUCCAAUGAUGAAUUGCCAUCUCCCAAUAAAGGAAUUUAGACUUAUCUAGGGUAUGCCUUUAUCUGGUAACUAUUUCGACAGCAGAUAGUUUGCAAGUCUGAUUUAAGAUUCGUUUUAAAAAUUUAACCCCUUUCACUGCUGACACUUUAUAUUUAAUACAGGUAGGAACUUCAUACUGACCAAUCCCCCUCACACAGAAUAUAAAUUAAGGUGAAAAUGCAAUUAGAAUCUGAAAUUUAAGGUAUUUUGGUUCAGACAAAUUUCAUGGUUCAACAUCAUUGAUGUAAACCACUGAGACUUUAUCAUCCUUGCACUGUGGUAACUUGGAAUAUUGAAAAUAUUUCAGUAGAAGACCGAACAGCAUUCCUGCCCUUUGCAUCCCUGCAGUAAAGAGAUGGCAAAUCGCUUAAGCAUGUAUUUCUAGGUGAGUGCUUGGAAAUGUCCUGUGGCUUUUGAAGUAAGUGACAGAUAUUUGGACCAAUUCAAGAUUAUUUUUGUGAAACUAAUAAUACUCAAAUAUACCCAGAAGCAUCUUCACUUAGCUUACUUUAACAACCAUAUCAAUCCUACCAUAAUAGCUGCAUGAAUAUACCAUAAUCAUGCAAAUUUCAUUUAAUAUUUUUACAGUUAAUCUAUGAAUUUCCUGCCUGAUUCUUUAUCCUUUGAUUCCCAUUGAUUUUAAUUGAGUCCAUCUUCAGGUACAUAUACAACAUUUGACAAAUAGUAGGAAGCAGCAUCCUUUUUGAGAUAUUCUUUGCGUAGGUCCCCACAUCUUGUAAGAACAAAAUUCCAGCGUCCAGUUAAUAAUGAAGGCCUUGCUUUUGUAGACAUAUAUGUAGUGUCUGCAUUGAAGCCAGUCCAGCUACCAAGAAUGACAGUUCUGGAAGAAAAUUCAAAAAUGUGAUUUAUAGUUAAAGCAUUAAAAUUUAUGUACUCUUGUAAGUGUUCCUGUUAUGUCUCAAUAUCUACUUAUAACUUGUAUUCUUCCUUCAGAAGUUUGAUAUUAAUUUUAAGGAGAGAUCUAAGUAUCUGGUCUUGUCAGCGAUCCAUAAACAGAGAGCAGCAAAAUUUAUAGCUCUUUAGCCUUUUUUGUAAUUAUGGCUGAUGUACCAAUUUUACUUUGAAUAUUGCUUCAGUCAUUUACCAGUUUGAUGUGGGAGUUUGCAAAGAGAAAGAUUGGACGUGCAAUUGAAUAAUGGGUGGGCUGAGGUUGAUGUGAUGGUGAAAGUACAAUCACCAAAGAGAAGUCUGUGCAGUAUUUGCUGCGAGACCUGUUUAAGAUAUCCGAGGUAUCUCCAGGACAGCAAAUAGCAAUAAUUCAUACAUCUUCAAAUUUUGUUUCUUAAUAGUUGCAUAACUGCAUUUUGUUAGAGGUGUUCUGCGCCAUGCCUGGUCUGUUCUUUAACCCUUUUCAGGUAUAAUGUGAGUGUUUUUUACAUAAUGAUAUGAAAAUUUUUUUUUGAUUGAAAAAUACUAUAUUUUUCAUUCUCCACGUGGUGCCUCGUAAUGUGAAUUUCCCACUAUUCAUUUUUUUUGGAGCAUGUUUUUCUGUAUGCAGUUUUGCAGAAUGCAACCUGCACAGGCAUGGUUAUUUUUAAUAGGUAUUUUCCAGAGAUUUCAAUAAACUGCUUUUAGGGCAAUUUUUUAAAAAUCCAUUCUUCCUAUGAAUUUUCAAUGUUAAAAUAUUAAUGCAGUUUGUUAUCUGACAGUUGAUUAAUUUCCAAGGUAAUCAAAGGGAUGUUUAUCCUAGUUCUUCAACUUUCCAUCUAGCAUAUGUCUGAAUAGCACAUCAUGACAUAAUGAUAUGUCAUCUGUUAAUAACAACCUACCCAAGAAAUAGUCUUCAAGGACAAAAAGAACAAGUGUGUUUCAGCCAAACACACUCUCUAAUUUACCCCUUCCACAGCCCCUAACCAGUUGUAUGAUUUAACUUGACUCAAUACUUGAAAUACACCUUCAUUUAAAGAAUGGUGUCCUUUUAAAGUUAAGUGAAUCUACCCUUCUGGCACUGAUCAAGAAGAAUCCAGCUAAGCUUUGAAUGGAUCUGUUAUACCUUUUAAUUAAUCUUCCUUACUAAAACAAACCAGAUUAAAUAUUUAAUAGUAAGUAUAGCCUCUUGCUUGAUCCAAGAGAGCAGUUGGUAAAUCAGUGCUCAAUUUUGGUGUACUAACAUGCUGAGACAUAUGGGUGACCUGUAUAGUUCAGCCAUUUUUAGAAAGCUGCAGCUGAACUUAAUCAAAGUAAAAGCAUAGAAAUGAGUGUGUGCUUAAUGCAGUCAUCUUUUAUACUCUUUCAGCAGUGCAUUCAAUAAAUUUAAUCAAAUAAAAACCCAACAGGGUGACUGUUGCUUUGAAUUUUGUCAAACAUGGUAGUUUAUACUGUAUGAGUUUUUUUAAAAAUUACUUUUGGUAAUUAUGCUAAUGUGCAUUUUUGAAUUCAAAUUUGGAUACUGUGGAUUUCCUGUUGAGCAGGUGUUAACAUUUGUAUUGUAUGAGAUUUUCUGUUUUGUUUUAUAUAUUUGUGUUUCUGUGCUGUGUUUUCUUUGUGUAUGUUUUGUUGUACUGAAAGAACAAAUAUUUCUCUGUUUAAAAAGUUGUUUAAUUCUUAUCACAAAUGGCUGUUAAAAUGCAGUAAAACUUUAGUUUUGAA